AUGGCUUCCACAGUAGAAGGCAAAGAUGCUAUCAAGAUCGUGGCCCCUAAAGAGACCACAGUACCCAAGAUUGACCUUACCACGUAUACUUUAGAAGACGGCAGGAAAGUGUCUACCAAGGAACGUGUGGUGUCCGAGGUGACUCAAGUGACUAACCAUAUUCCUACAGAUGAUGAAGUCUUUGAUUCCAAGACGGGACUUCCCAGCCACAAGUUUUUGAAGGAACAUUUUAUGAAGGAAGGGAGAUUGACGGAAGAGCAAUUGACCAAAAUUUUAAUGAUGGCUACAGAUUGUUUGUUUGAAGAACCAAACGUCUUGGAGGUUCCAGCACCUGUGACGGUGUGUGGUGACGUUCAUGGCCAGUUUUUCGAUCUGCUGAAAUUAUUUGAAGUUGGGGGAGACCCUGAAAAUACCUCAUAUUUGUUCUUAGGUGACUACGUUGAUAGAGGUGUUUAUUCCAUUGAAUGUCUUAUUUAUUUAUACUCUUUGAAAUUGAAUUAUAAGAAAACUUUUUGGUUAUUAAGAGGCAAUCAUGAAUGUAGACAUUUGACGUCAUAUUUUACUUUUAAGAAUGAAUGUCUUCAUAAGUACAAUAAAAAUGUUUAUGAUAAAUGUUGUCAAUCGUUCAAUGCGCUACCGCUGGCAGCUAUCAUGAAUGGGCAAUAUUUCUGUGUCCAUGGUGGGAUCUCCCCGACUUUAAAAACGGUGGAUGAUAUUAAUAAGUUGGAAAGAUUUAGGGAAAUUCCAUCAGGUGGAUUGAUGUGUGAUUUAUUAUGGGCCGACCCAGUGGAAGAUUAUGAUUCUCUUGAACCAGCAUCCAAGGAUAAAUUGCAUCAAUCCUUAUUUAUCCCAAAUGAAGUGAGAGGUUGUUCUUAUGCAUUUACUCACAAGGCAGCAUGCGAUUUCUUACAAAGGAAUGGAUUGUUAUGUAUCAUAAGAGCACAUGAAGCUCAAGAUCAAGGUUACAGAAUGUAUAAGAAUAAUGACGCGUUGGGAUUCCCCAGUUUAUUAACUUUGUUUAGUGCACCAAAUUACUGUGAUACUUAUCAGAAUAAAGCCGCCAUAUUGAAAUACGAAGAUAAUGUUAUGAAUAUUCGUCAGUUCAAUUUUACCCCUCAUCCAUAUUGGUUGCCUGAUUUUAUGGAUAUUUUUACAUGGUCAUUACCAUUCGUUGGAGAAAAAGUGACUGAAUUAUUAGUAUCCAUUUUGAAUAUUUGUACAGAAGAGGAAUUAGAGGAGACAUCUUCACGACCAUCAACACCAACAACUACAACGACAUCAACAACCAAGACAGGAACACCAGAUCAACAAGUGACAUCUGUAGCAGACACUGAAACAAAGAAACCACUCUCUAUCUUAGAAGAUGAACGCAGGAAAAGAGCCUUAAGAAAUAAGAUUUUGGCUAUUGCCAAAGUUUCCAGAAUGUAUUCUGUGUUAAGGGAAGAUAGUGAUAAAGUUCGACAUUUAAAGGCCAUGAAUGCAGGUGUAUUACCUCGUGGCGCUCUCGCUCAUGGUUCUGAGGGACUAGAAGAAACACUUUCCACUUUUGAAAAGGCAAAGAAGGAAGAUAGAAUUAACGAAAAAUUACCACCUGAUUUGAAAGAAGCUAAGAGGGAAAAUAAACAGUUUUAUGAAAAUAUGCUGAAUCAGGCUUCAAAGGAAAACGAUCUAACGAAAUGA